UGUUUAAUAAAGAGAGGCUCAGAGAGAGACUGAGAAGAAAGGGAGGGAGCUAAAGCAGAAUAAUAUGAGAAAGAGAAAAUAAUUUUGGGGACCUAAGGUUCGUACGCAACCACUAUGUUAAUUUUCGGGGGAGGAAGUUAAUAGAAGAAAAUUUUAAUUAGAAACAAAACAAGCUUUAGGCUUUUGUGGAGGUAAAUCCUGAACCCCAAAUGAUUAGAUAAAAGCAAAUUAACUAGUAGCUCUAACGCCACAAUCUAACUAGGCAAAUCUUAAACACCAAAUGAUUAGAUGAAAGCAAACUAGUAGCUCUAACACCACAAUCUCACUAUAUCUUCAUUUCCUCUCUCUCACCUUCCCAACAAAGACAGACAUGCUAACUGCGAAGGUUGUAUAACUGAUCAAAUAAUUAUCACCCUCCUCACCUAAAUCCCUCAUCUCCCACCACUUACAAAAUCCCUCUCCAUUCCCCUCAAAACUCAAUCAAACACUUGCACAAAAUAGCAAACACCUUGUGCAAGCACCACUCCUGCAUUGGCAUUACUUGUUUUCAAGCAAAUUAAGAAACCAAAACCCACCACACUCAAAAACAUGAUGAUGAAGCUUCAGAAUCAGCCUCUUUUCUCACUCACACUUACACUCAUCUUCCUUUCCCAUUGCACCAAAAUCAUAUCCCAAGCUCCUGCUGCUGCUCCGGCUGCUCCUGCCGCCCCAGCUACCCCAGCUGCCCCAAUUGCCCCAGCAGCCCCAAUUGCCCCAGCUGCCCCAUCAAUUACAGGGCCAGCAGUUCCAGCACCACCAGCUGAUGCCCCUGCACCUGCAGGCCCAACCAACAUCACCAAAAUCCUUGAAAAAGCAGGUGGCUUCAAUGUCUUAAUCCGCCUUUUGAAAAGCACCCAAGUAGACAACCAGCUCUACAAACAACUCAACAACUCAAAUAGCCAACUCACCGUUUUAGCCCCCACUGACAGUGCCUUCUCAAAGCUCAGCACAGGCUCACUCAACUCUUUGAGCGAUGAGCAAAAAGUCCAGCUCUUACAAUUCCAUCUGAUCCCAGAUUUUCUCACAAUCCAAAACUUCCAAACUCUCAGCAACCCAGUGAGGACCCAAGCUGGAGAUGGAUUUGAGUAUCCUCUAAACAUUACCACUUCAGGCAAGGCAGUCAACAUAUCAACUGGUCUUGUCAACACCUCCAUUUCAGGUACUGUCUACUCUGAUAGUCAAAUUGCUAUUUACCAACUUGACAGUGUGCUCCAGCCUUAUGGUGUUUUUGCUCCCAAGCAUCACCCACCUUCACCAGCACCGGCUCCGGUGCAAGAGAAGCCUAAAAAGACGUCAUCAUCUGAUGACAGUCCUGUUACUGAAUUGACGAAGUCUGGUGCUGUGCCUACUCUGAUCCCCAAAUUUAAUGGCAUUGUCUCCAUUGCAGUUGCUAUGGUUGCUGCUGCAGCAUUAAGCUUUUGUUGACAAAAUUGUUUGUAGGGUAAUAAUUGUUGUAUUGCAUGUCAGAAAUGUGAUCUGUAUGCGAGAUUAAUACUGUUUUGUUGCACUUCAUUGGCUUCUUGUUUUGUUUUGGUUUUUUGUAUCUGUAAUAGUAAUUUCAUUUGCAUUUCAUCUUGGGCUUCUGUUUAUUUUGAGAAACUUGUGUAAAUUCCUCCA